AUGCGCCCUGCAUCCAUCAUCGCCCUUCUCGCCUCCGGCGUCCUGGCCUUGGCGCUGCCCCAGGCAAGCGGCGGCUCUCCCGCUGGCGUCGAAGCGAUGCGUCACUUCGCCACCGUCGACUCGGGAAACACCUACAGCUACCUGCUGUCCAAGCCCGCCGGCACCGCCAAGGGCACCGUCUUCCUCCUGCACGGCUUCCCCGACCUCUCGUACGGCUGGCGCUACCAGAUGCCGGCCCUGACGCAGCUCGGGUACCAGGUCGUCGCUCCCGACAUGCUUGGCUACGGCCGCACCUCGGCCCCCAAGGAGCUCGAGGCCUACACCUACAAGAAGAUGACGGACGACCUCGCGGGCCUGGCGAAGCAGAUCGCCCCGGGCCAGCAGAUCAUCCUCGGCGGCCACGACUGGGGUGCGGCCAUGGUCUACCGCGCCGCGCUCUGGCACCCGGAGCUGGUCAAGGGCCUCAUCGCCGUCACGACGCCCUACUCGCCUCCGGCGCCGCAGUACGUCGACGUCGCCGACGUCGUCAAGGCCGGCCUGUCCAACUUUGGCUACCAGGUCGCCAUGCGCGACCCCGCCAUCGAGGCCAGGCUGCAGACCAGAGACCAGAUCCGCCAGAUGCUGCUGGCCAUGUACGGGGCGCAGACGCCGCAGGGCCAGCCGGGCUUCACGCCCGAGAAGGGUCUGGUGUUUGAGAACUUUGCCGCCCUCGGCUCGACCCCGCUCCUGUCCGCCGCCGACCUCGAGUACUACGUCGGCGAGUACGCCAACAGCACCGUCGCCGCGCCGCUGCACUGGUACCGCACCGCCCAGCUCAACUGGCGGGACGAGCAGAGCCUCGUGGCCGCCGGCGGCAGGAUCAAGGUCCCGACCCUCUUCAUCACCGCCACCCAGGACACGGCCCUGCCCGCUAGCCUGUCCGUCGGCAUGGAGAAGUACUUUGACCAGCUGACCAGGGGCACCGUCGACUCUUCGCACUGGGCGCUGUGGCAGGGUGCCAAGAACGUGACGACGCAGAUUGCCACUUUCAUCGCUAGUCUUUAA